AUGGAGGCGGUCAUUUCUGCAGUUCUUGGUGAAAUUGUCAGCAGAGCUAUAUCCAUCGUGGCUGAGAAGUGGCGCGAGCAGACAACCGCGGAGGAGGAUCUGCAGAGGCUGCGCCAGCUGCUUCUGAGGAUAUCUACCGUCGUCGAGGAGGCCGAGGGACGGCGCGUUGAAAAUCGAGUGAUGGUCCGUCAUAUUAGUACCAUGAAAGAGCAAAUGUUUAGGGGGUACUACCUUCUCGACACCUUCAGGUGCAAAGAGAGGAAGAUUGAUCAUGAUGAGGUUCGUCGCUUCUCGUUUGCUCAAUCCAAAUUUAAUCCGGCUAAGCGUUUUUGCCGCCUAGUUAGCAACACCCAGAUUGAGAGCCCAUUAAUCGGUAGAGAAAGCAUUAAAGAGUUGAAACAGGCUGCUCUUGUCCUAGAAAGCAUGGUUGUUGAUAUGAAAGAGUUUGUUAUGCUUCUCAUGAGCUACCCUCGGAUUUACCGCCAACCUUGUGCCACAUAUUUAUUUUUGGACAAGUGUAUGUUCGGCCGCCAAAUGGAGAGGGAACAAGCCAUCAGCUUCUUGCUACAAGCUGAGCCUCCUGGGUAUGGAAAUUUUGGUGUUCUUCCAAUUGUUGGUCCUGGGCUUGUUGGAAAGAGUACUCUUGUGGAACAUGUUUGUUGCGAUGAGCGUGUGCGCAAUCAUUUCUCCUUGAUAUUGUUGUACAGCGGAAAUGACCUUAAGGAUGAAACGGCAUCGACUUUUAGAGACCAUUGUGUGAUCAAGCAUCAAAGUAUUGCCUCGGGUGAAGAAAGGCUGUUGGUUGUCAUUGAGCUCCUAAAUGAUGUGGACGAAGGGGCAUGGAAGAGGCUGCUGCACACUUCUAAAAGAUACAUGGCACAUGGUAGUAAAAUCAUAAUCACUGGCCGUUCAGAGAAGAUGGCCAGGGUUGGAACAACGGAAGCCAUCAAACUGAAAUGCUUGUCUAAAGAAGCUUACUGGCAUUUCUUCAAGAUGCUCGUGUUUGGUAGCACAGAUCCGAUGGAGCACCCAAAGUUAACAUCCAUAGCCAUGGAGCUAGCCCUAGAGAUGCGUGGAUCUUUCAUAUCCGCAAAUUGUGUUGCAGUUCUACUAAGAGGAAACCUCAGUGCUUGGUUCUGGUGCAGGGUUCUGAGACAGGUUAGGGAGUUCACACGGAAGAAUACCUUGGCAUUUGGCCAGUAUCCUGAGGAUCAUAUGUCUCGGUAUGCUUGGAGCAUUGCUAAAACACAUCAAGGUUCCGUAGAUCGGAAUCUAUUUCUGCUACGUGAUAGCUACCAAAAAGGGCCUACAGCUGGUGGCGAGGUUCCGAGAAUAACAUUGGUGGAUCUUCUAUCCAGGAGCUCGAGCGGUAUGCCACCUAAAUUUGAGGUCUUGGGGUGGCGGUCUCUCAUACCACCGUUCUACAUCUACACAACUGAUUGCGAGUUUGUCCGGCACAAGAGCACUACCACGACAUAA